GUUCACACACGACGACAAACUUGUUCUUGACCUCUAGUUUACAACUCAUUAACGUCCUUACACUUCCUAGCUCAACAUGGGUCUCUCGGUGUCACGUCUCCUUGCUGGUCUUUUUGGCAAGAAGGAGAUGCGAAUUUUGAUGGUCGGUCUUGACGCCGCUGGUAAGACUACCAUCCUGUAUAAGCUCAAGCUGGGCGAGAUUGUAACUACCAUCCCCACCAUCGGAUUCAACGUUGAGACUGUCGAAUAUAAAAACAUUUCCUUCACUGUGUGGGAUGUCGGAGGACAAGAUAAGAUCCGACCUCUAUGGAGGCACUAUUUCCAGAACACGCAAGGUAUCAUCUUCGUGGUUGACUCGAACGAUCGGGAACGUGUAUCGGAGGCUCGUGAGGAACUUCAGCGAAUGUUGAACGAAGAUGAACUGCGGGAUGCUCUCCUCCUUGUUUUCGCAAACAAGCAAGAUCUCCCCAACGCCAUGAAUGCGGCAGAGAUCACUGACAAGCUUGGAUUACAAGCUCUUAGGCAGAGAACGUGGUACAUCCAGGCUGCAUGUGCCACUUCUGGUGAUGGACUGUACGAGGGUCUGGAGUGGUUGGCGACCAACAUUAAGCGUCGGUCUUAAGCAAUAUGUGGUUUUCUGUCGUGUUUGGAUCUUGCACGCGCAUUGUCUCCCGAUCCUUACGAUGUCGAAAAUUAUGUGCCCGUCUGCUAUUUCUUUACUCUGCCUUCGCUUGCACUCCCUCUUGAAUUACCCGUUUUCUCUUUCAUGUGUUUUAUAAAUUUUGAGCCUUAGAGGCUGAUAUGCACUGCUAUCAAAGCGGAUCAGAAAG